CUUUUCUGUUUGCACUGGCCCCCACGGCCAGCUGGGUGCCUUGCGGUGGUCUGAGCGAUUGGAUACUCACACCUGGCAAAAAGUCGGCGCGAACCAUCCGAGGGAGGAGUGCGCAGAAGAAGGAUGUGUUUGCCCACAGGCACCGCGCCUGUGCCACUCGCAGUGGAGCGGCCCCGAAAUGAGGGCCGCAUAUGUCGAAGGAAAGGGAAACGACGUCCUCCUACAACAAGACCCCGCACGUCAAGCAGCGAAGUGCUGGUCGUCCAUGCCCCCUCCCCGCACCAGCCUCUCCCACCCACCCCGACUGUGCGCCGGCAGUUGCGCCGAAGGGCCACAUCAAGCAGAGGGCGAGUGGGCUGGUAAAGGAGGACACGACUGGGGGGCGGGAGGAGGGGACGGUGGAGGCAUCCGAGCUGCAGACGUCGCCCGGUCAGCUGCUGCCUGGGAGCUUGCAGGAGGCGCUCGCGGCCACCCGCCUGCAGCGGCUCGGUGCUCGAGACGGGGAGAGCCGAGCGUGGCCCUCCUUACCAACUCUCCACCUCCCCAUGCACAAUAGUCUGCCUGCUGCAGUGCUUCAAGUGCAAUCCGAAACCAAAAUCGCCCGCGAGCCAUCCCGUUCACCAUUCCGCAUCGCUCCACGACUGCGGGUGGAUCGACCGCAGGGCUAGAAGACAUGCCGAGGAGCGCAGAUCUCCGUCAAAAAGAAGGAGGUAGGAGGGAGGAUGGAGACAGGGAAGAUAAUGAAUGGCAAACUUGGACGCUUCUGAUGUCGUAAGAGCACUCACUGCUGGGAUCUUGACACUGGGGAAACCAAAAGAUACCGAUACCGCUACUCCCAGGACCUUUCGCGGGGUGCAUUCUGGUCAAGAUUUCGAGGCGAAUCCAGCCGUAGCGACAAGGGCCUCCCGGGCCUCCCGAGACGCCCUGAAAGGGGAAAACAAGACAAGGGUAGCGGUAUCAACAGCUUUCCCUCCUCCGACGCACUGGGCGAAGAUCGACACAGCGCCCCGAGGCAACUGUGCCGAGUGGAUACGAUCUAUCCGCAGGAAGGGCCCGCACCGUGCAUGUGCACAGUGGGCAACGUGAGGUCGUCAGAGGCGGCUCUGCGAAAGAACCGCGUGACUCAUACAACUUGAAAACCUCAUCUCCAACGCUACCC